AUGACAGAUAGUUAUGGUGGUCGCGUGCUGGCAGGCGAAGACAGCGAAGAAGACGACGAAGAUGAGGAAGAAAUGGGAUUCCAGCUGAACGACUAUGCAUCACAGUCCACUCGCUUUGAUGUCCCCAUUGUCAAAACACCAUCGGCAGGGACAGAAGGCGAGAGCAAAGAAGAGAGUGACGAAGAAGGUGAAAUUAUUAAGUCAAAAGAACUGGUGCGACAGGAGAUGGAUGUAUAUGUGGAAGAAGAAAAGCAUAAGGUUGGAGAGCAAGGCAUGACCGAAAAGGUGAAUAAUAUGGAGUUCGAGCGGACACAAGUCGAAGCUUCGGCAGAAAGAGAGCAUUUAUUGUGGGAGGUGGAUGACUCGCUAGACGGCCUUAGAAUUAUGAGCGAUGCAUUUGUUGACACAGUGCGGCCCUCCAUAGACGCAACGAUCCAUCGUAUAGCCGAGCUAAAGGAGAGUCAGCAGCGGUUAUUAAGGAUUUUAACAGAACAGAACGCAGGUAUUACGUCCAACGAACAACUUGAAGAUGCAGCAGCGGUGCUAGACAAGUUACCAAUUUAUACAAAGAAACUGCAGGGUAUACAAUUAGCAAUGCAAGAAAUCUCAACUAGUUCACAGAAGAUGAAGCGACGUGCCGAAAAUUUACGAAUAGAUGCUCAAUCCUAUGCGCUUAAAAAAGAGAAUAAACGAGACGAGCAGACGCAAUGGAACAAGCUGUACGCUGCCAAGAGCUCCAAAGCGUCAGAUUAG